UCAAAUUCCACGGCCCCAUGAAAUCGUUUACCGUUGGCCUCGUCGUCGCAACGUCGGCUGCGCUUGUGUCGGCGGAUUCGUCAUGUACUCUCGCAAUCGGCAAGGCGGUGUCCCCUCUCUUCACGAGCGCUGAUGCCAAGGCAUGUGCCAAAGCCAUCGGGGGCACCGACAUGACUGCGGUGUUUACAACGACGACGUCGUCGUCGGACCAAGCAAAGCUCCUCGCGUCCGCCGACUGCGAGAAAUGGUACAACUCGAUCGCUACCGCCAUCAAGGGCGUGUCCCCUCCCUGCACGUACAUCGUAAACGACUCGCCCGUGUAUUCGACGGACAAAUUUUCGUGGACGUUCAAGGAGUUCUUGGUCAAGAACAACGAAGCUGGUGAAAACAACGCCAAGUCGACCCCCGCGCCGACCACAACCGCCAAGCUGACCCCCCAGCCGACGAACGCCACCAAUGCGACCACAACCAAGUCGCCGGAUAUCGUCACGACCCCCGCGGCCACCACCAAGGCCGUGUCGACUUCCACCCCCUCAGUCACGUCGGCCGCGACGUCCUCGGGGGCUGCGCUCGCCGCCCUCACGGUCGCGCUUUACUUGGUGAACUAAGUCGUUGUGUUCGUUCUUGUAACGAAGCGAAUUCUGUUUUCUGUUUGACAUGCCAAC